GGGAUCCAAAGCGGACGGUCCGGCUGGGCGCGCGCCCGCGGAGCCGUCCGCAAGCACCAACCGCCCCACGCGCUUUCGCUCCCGGCGCAGGCGCGGGCGCACGCGCCGCCGCCGCCCGCCGUUCCUUCCCUCCCGCGGAGGUGGGGGGGGGGGAGUUGUUCCGUUUAACCCUGAGUUACCCGUACUGUCUUUAAUUCGCUCAAUUUGUAGCUUGCUAAUUCUCUGCUCAUAUUCCUUUCCUCUUCUGGUUCACUUCUUUCCCCUAUACCGAAGUCUGGUUUAUAUUAAAUGCAAAGUGGAGCGAACCUUAAUCCUAAGCUCUUUCUACCCACCCCCCAUUCUUUCACAUUGCUUUCCAUCGAACUCGGCAAAUUUUGCAAUGGGGGGAGGGAUUUUUAAAAAACUGCAUUUGCAAAGUUCGGUAUCUGGGCAGGCGGGGGAUGGGGGGAGGGAGGGAAUGGGAAAUAAGCCCCGCCCCUACCGCCCAUUGCAAAUAAAAAUCUAGGGGGGGGGGGAGGAGCAGGAAGUGGCGGUGCGAGGGCUGCUGCACAGCUAGCAGAGCCGCGGUCCGGACGGCAGCGCGUGCCCCAAGCUCUCCGCCUCCCCCCGCCCGCCAAUCCGAGGCAGCCCGAGCCCAGCCCGCGGCCCAGCAGCAGCGCCGAGAGCAGCCCUAGUAGCAGCGCCAUGGCCGGGUGGAACGCCUACAUCGACAGCCUCAUGGCGGACGGGACCUGUCAGGACGCGGCCAUCGUGGGCUAUAAGGACUCGCCCUCUGUCUGGGCCGCCGUGCCCGGGAAAACCUUCGGCAACAUCACGCCAGCUGAGGUUGGUGUCCUGGUUGGCAAAGACCGGUCAAGUUUUUUCGUGAAUGGGCUGACACUUGGGGGCCAGAAAUGUUCUGUGAUCCGGGACUCACUGCUGCAGGAUGGGGAAUUUACCAUGGAUCUUCGCACGAAGAGCACCGGUGGAGCCCCCACCUUCAACAUCACUGUCACCAUGACUGCCAAGACGCUAGUCCUGCUGAUGGGUAAAGAAGGUAUCCACGGUGGUAUGAUCAACAAGAAAUGUUAUGAAAUGGCCUCUCACCUGCGGCGUGCCCAGUACUGACCUCGUCUGUCCCUCCCCCCUACCACUCCCCACUGCUUUUGCACCCCUCCUUCCCGUAUACACACAUACACCAUUUUUAUUUUUGCGCCAUUACCCCACACCCCUUAUUGCUGCCAAAACCACAUGGGUUGGGGGCUGGGGCUGGAUGGACAGAGGCCUCCCCCUACCCAUCCCCUUCCUGUGUGUGGUUGGAAAAUUUUUUUGUUUUGGGUUUUUUUUUUUUUUUUUUUCUGAAUAAAAAAAGAUUCUACUAACAA